CCGGAAGCAAGCACACCAGCAAGUCGUGCAAACGCUGUAACCAUAGAUAGUCCCCAGCCAGCGGUUACCUGGGCUACCAAUAAUGUCCAGGGGCAUUUUUGGGAAAAUUAAAUCCAGCGCCUCCCCAGCCAGAUGGCCCUCGAAAACGUCACUGUCGAAGCACAAACCCUCGACGCACGACCGCGCCUCGCCCCAGUUUUCCGCUUCAGUCUUCAUGCCGGCCUCUCCUCGCUAGAUUGAGGCUGCAAACCGCGAGUUGGCGUUGAGGCGGCAACACAUCCCGGUGCAAGCCUUGCUAUUUCUCGAAUCGCUGCCAACGCACCGUGCAGCCCGAGGCCUACACCUACACUUACCAACAGAGAGCUGGCUAGGGAACAUGGCGCGCUAUUAUUAUUAUAAGCUGCAGGUACUCCGUCGCUUUCGUCCUGCUCCCAAUUGAUCCACAAACAUGAUGAUGUGCCCAACAAUGUGGUCGUUUGUGCUGCCGUUACUUGCCCUAUUCUUACUCUCUGCAUCAGUAUCAGCGCUACCUCACCCCCGCCAUGAACACCAGAAGCCGCCCGUCUGCAUUAUAGGUGCAGGCCCCGCCGGCUUGUCAGCAGCAGGCAGACUCGAGGCCAAAGGCACAAAGGCCGUCAUCUUCGAUAAACAAAAAGAGGUUGGCGGCAAAUGCCAGGCCUGGUAUGAUGACCAAGGCGUCUUCCACCCGCUUGGCGCAGCCUUCUUCUCCAACGCAACCUAUCCCGAGACCAUCAAGAUUCUCAACCAGACCAAUGUCUCCAUCCAACCCUUCGCCCUCGCCGGCGCACGCGACAUGUUUCGCUACAACUACACGUCCGGCAUCAUCGAAGAGAACCCUGCCUUGGCACCUCAAUUCCUCGCCAGGGUGUCGGCUGAGAUCCCGCGAUAUAUUGCCCUGUGGAAUCAACGCUUUAGGCCUAUCAGUGUCACAAACUACAAGCUAGGAGUACCAGACGAGUUCACAGUGUCAGGCGCAGAGUGGUUCCGACAAAACAAUUUCACAGCUCUUCCGAUUCUUCUAGUGAACCCAGUCGCACUCUACGGAUAUGGAGACAUUAACAUUGUCCCAGCGUUGUACAUCCUGCAGUACUUCACCCCAGAUAUUCUAACCGCUUUUGUCGGACUGCAUGGAGUCUACUACAUGGACUUCCACAAGAUGUUUGUCGAGUAUACCAAGAAUCAACUGUGCAAAACACCAAUCCAUACCUCUUCCGAGGUGCGCUGCGUCGAUCGAUCGGGAGAUAACCCAGUAGUUACAUACACCGAACCAAAGGGGAAAUACGUUAAAUGGAAGAAGCAGGAAUGCUCAUCCGUCAUCUUCGCGUUCCCGCCGAAUCUCGAGAACCUAGAACGAGUAGGCUUGGACAUGACGGAGCUCGAGUACAACACCUUUCACAACGUGACGACGCACCAGUACUACUCUUCCGCUGUCGAGUUUGCGCUCCCCUUUGGCGUGUCCUACAUCGCCAACACCACGUCGCCCAUGGUUCCGCCACCAAAUGACGGUGAACCUGUUGCAGUGCUGCGCCUCACCGAGAACUCGAAUGUCUCUGUCGCGUGGUCAUGGGGCCCCUACGAGUUCCAGACGGAGGAAGCGGCACGAAAACUGCUUGUCAAGAGCAUGUCCGCAAUUAACAAGGACCCACGAAACGCCACCGCGCCGCCUCAGCCAUUCUGCGAUGCCGACGUCAAGGCCUUUAAGAAGUGGGACUACUUCCCGCACUUCGAGAGCGAUGCGCUCCGCGAAGGUGCGUAUGAGAAGCUCACUCGCCUCCAGGGCCGGAAGAAGACAUACUGGGCCAGCGGGCUCAGCGGCAUGGAGAUUGUCGAAUGGGCCGUCCGAGGCGGCCACGAUGUAAUCGACUCGUAUUUUUAACGUACACCCAAGAGUACAACUACACGACUAGACGAAGAGGAGGAUUAGAUCGAUCAGUUGUAAAAGAGGAAGAAGAAGAAGGGGGAACCAAAAAUCUAGGAGGGACGCCUAUUUGUUUUGCAUUUACGACUUGCUUGACUUUUCAUGUUGUUGUUUGGGAGGGGGCGGACCGAUUUCGACUGCUAUUUACGAUACGACGACACGGCUGUGCUUAUUUAUUUAGAGAUGAUACCUAACCGCCCUUCGCUGAGCGUCAUGAUCACAUUACGUCCAUUUUUACGACUACGACUCGAUUACGACUCUCGUCACACGGUCGAUACACGGAGGACUUAUACGAUUAUGACUUUUAAUGGUAAUAUGCUUGUAGAUUAGUUAGAUGCAUUGGUACGAUAGAGUAUAUAGGAAAGCGAUGUGAAUAUUGAUAUUAUUGCU